GCGGUGAACUGGCCAUGGCGAGUGAAGGCAAGCAAGUUGUUCAGCCAACAGGUGAUGAUGGAGGAGGAGCAGCGGGAAAAGAAGGAAAUGCUGCUGAGGGGGGAAGUGUGCUGCAGCCUUUGAAUCCGGGAGUCCCCAUCCGAGGCAUCAAGAUGAAAUUCGCCGUGCUGACGGGACUGGUGGAAGUUGGUGAAGUGUCCAACAGAGACAUAGUUGACACUGUGUUUAACCUGCUCGUCGGCGGCCAGUUUGACUUGGAAAUGAACUUUAUCAUCCAAGAAGGAGAGGGCAUCACCUGCAUGGUGGACUUACUGGAUAAGUGUGAUCCCACCUGCCAGGCUGAGGUUUGGAGCAUGUUCACAGCAAUCCUGAAGAAAAGCAUUCGGAAUCUCCAGGCGUGCACGGAGGUGGGGCUCGUGGAACAAGUGCUCAGGAGGAUCGACAGAGCUGACAACAUGAUUGCAGAUCUCCUAGUGGACAUGCUGGGUGUGUUGGCUAGCUAUAACCUGACAGUCCGAGAGCUGAAGUUAUUCUUCAGCAAGCUGCAAGGAGAAAAAGGGAGAUGGCCACCACAUGCUGGGAAGUUACUGUCUGUGUUGAAACACAUGCCUCAGAAGUAUGGACCUGAUGCCUUCUUCAACUUUCCAGGAAAAAGUGCUGCAGCUAUUGCCUUACCUCCUAUAGCCAAGUGGCCAUACCAGAAUGGAUUUACUUUCCACACUUGGCUGAGAAUGGAUCCUGUAAAUAAUAUUAAUGUGGAUAAGGAUAAGCCUUAUUUAUAUUGUUUUCGAACAAACAAAGGACUUGGUUAUUCUGCUCACUUUGUUGGAGGCUGCUUGAUUGUAACGUCCAUAAAAUCAAAAGGAAAAGGUUUCCAGCACUGUGUAAAAUUUGAUUUCAAGCCACAAAAGUGGUACAUGGUGACUAUAGUGCACAUCUAUAACCGCUGGAAGAACAGCGAGCUCCGGUGUUACGUGAACGGGGAACUGGCAUCUUAUGGGGAAAUAACAUGGUUUGUCAACACCAGUGAUACAUUUGACAAAUGUUUCCUGGGUUCUUCAGAAACAGCAGAUGCCAAUCGAGUGUUUUGUGGGCAGAUGACAUCUGUUUACCUUUUUAGUGAGGCUCUCAAUGCUGCUCAGAUCUUUGCCAUUUAUCAGCUUGGCCUGGGAUAUAAGGGAACAUUCAAGUUCAAGGCAGAAAGUGACCUCUUCCUUGAUGAACAUCACAAAUUAUUGCUGUAUGAUGGCAAACUCUCCAGUGCUAUUGCUUUUAUGUACAAUCCAAGGGCUACAGAUGCACAGCUGUGUCUAGAGUCAUCCCCUAAGGAUAACCCUUCUAUUUUUGUUCAUUCACCACAUGCCCUCAUGCUGCAGGAUGUGAAAGCAGUCUUGACGCACUCCAUCCAAAGUGCCCUGCACUCCAUUGGAGGAGUACAGGUGCUUUUCCCUCUCUUUGCACAGUUGGACUAUAGGCAAUAUUCCUCAGACCACAUUGAUACAACUGUUUGCUCUACUUUACUGGCAUUCAUCAUGGAGUUGUUGAAGAACUCUAUUGCUAUGCAAGAACAGAUGCUUUCCUGUAAAGGCUUCCUUGUGAUAGGGCACAGCCUAGAGAAGUCUUCCAAAGCCCAUGUUACCAGAGCCGUGCUAGAACUUUGCCUUGCCUUCUCAAAAUACCUGAGCAAUUUACACAAUGGGGUGCCCCUGCUGAAGCAGCUGUGUGAUCAUGUUCUCCUGAAUCCUGCAAUAUGGAUUCAUAUCCCAGCACAGGUUCAGCUGACCCUGUACACUUACCUGUCUACUGAGUUCAUUGCCACUGUUAACAUUUAUGGAGCAAUCCGACGGGUUGGGACAGUUCUUUUGGUCAUGCACACCCUCAAGUAUUAUUACUGGGUGGUGAACCCUCAGGAUCGCAGUGGGAUAACUCCCAAGGGCAUAGAUGGUCCACGGCCUACUCAGAAGGAGAUUUUAUCCCUGCGAGCAUUUUUGUUGAUGUUUAUUAAACAGCUGGUGAUGAAGGACUAUGGAAUAAAAGAAGACGAAUUGCAGGCUAUCCUCAAUUACCUGCUUACUAUACAUGAGGAUGACAAUCUAAUGGAUGUCUUGCAGUUGCUGGUUGCUCUGAUGUCAGAGCAUCCUGGUUCUAUGAUCCCUGCAUUUGAUCAGAGAAAUGGAUUACAGGUUGUAUACAAGCUCUUAGCAUCACAAAGUGAAGGCAUCAGGGUGCAAGCUCUGAAAGUGAUGGGAUAUUUCUUAAAGCAUCUUGCUCCAAAGAGGAAAGCUGAAGUCAUGCUUGGACAUGGAUUGUUCUCUUUGUUGGCUGAAAGGCUGAUGCUUCAGACAAGUUUAUUCACCAUGACCACAUACAAUGUCCUGUUUGAGAUUCUGACUGAACAGAUUUGCACUCAAGUAAUACAUAAACAACAUCCUGACCCAGAUUCUACAGUGAAGAUACAAAAUCCUCAGAUUUUGAAGGUAAUUGCAAUCCUGAUCCGUAAUUCUCCACAGUGUCCAGAAACUCUGGAGGUCCGGAGAGCCUUUCUCUCGGAUAUGAUUAAACUGUUUAAUAACAGCAGAGAGAACAGGAGGAGUUUGUUGCAGUGCUCUGUCUGGCAGGAAUGGAUGCUUUCCCUUUGUUGUUUUAACCCAAAGACUUCUGAGGAGCAGAAGAUAACUGAGAUGGUGUACACCAUAUUUCGGAUUUUGCUGUACCAUGCAAUAAAAUAUGAGUGGGGUGGCUGGCGUGUGUGGGUGGAUACACUGUCAAUCACACAUUCAAAGGUAACUUUUGAAAUGCACAAAGAGAAUCUUUCCCAAAUGUACAAGGAGUACCAAGGGAGAGGAGGUGAAGGGAGUGGAGUGUGUUCUGCAACUCCAAUUAGAACAAUCUCUGGUAUUAGCAAAGAAGCUGAAACCAAGGGAAAACAACAAUCUUUGGAGUUAAAAGAGAAUGCUGCUGCUCCUUCUUGCAUUACUGAUGGUGAUACAGAGUGCAGAACUGAAAAAGAAGAGAAAGAAAACUCAUCAGAUGGUGGCCAACAAACUCAUUCAGUGUCUAAUCAUGACGAGAAAUUAGAACGGGAGGAUAUGGCUACUACACAGGAUUUAAAACCAGUGCCUUGUGUGGAAUUUUCUCCAGAACAAGAAACAGUGAAGCCCAAUGUCUCAGAAAUCAGUACUGGAAUAGCUGAAGCAAUUGAAGAUUCCAGCAAAGUUGAUGAGCUUGUGGAAGAAACAGUUGCUGUCACUGCUGCUUCUUUAGCCAUGGAAACUCCUGUGGAAAGAGAAACUCCCACAAGUCCAGAAAGACUGGAAAAAUCAGCAGUAGAGGUGGAAGACGAAGAUGACUUUGUUGAUUUGAAAGAUGAAAGUAGUUUGCCUUUACCUUCAGAAGAGCUUGCAGAAAGGAACAAGGAAUGUGGCUCUAAUGCAAGCAAAGUGACAAGGCAGGAAGAAACAGCAGAGAAGAGACCUGAAACUGGACUUAUAAAAUCUGAGGGUGCUGAAGGUGCAGAUGAGAAGAAGCAAGAAGUGACUUUGCCAGAGACAGUGAGUUCUGCAGUUCCAGAAGUAGUAACUCAGCUGGAUUCAGCAGGAAAAAAGAUGCUGAAGGAAGGAAAUGUAAUUACUAGUGAAACUAGAACAACUGUGGAAAACUCAAGUGCACACGUGGCAGAGCCUGCUGGAGCCUCUGACAAGAGAAUUGCCAAGCUUGAUGUUUCCAGUGUUGCAUCAGAUACAGAAAGACUGGAGCUGAAAGCUAGCACGUGUCUAGAAGCACCUCUGCCCCCCAGAUCCAUGCCUGAGUGUGGGUUUUGUGUUUUGUUUCUUUUUUUUUUUUUUUUUUUUGUCUGCAAACUGUGCCUUCAGCCCUCAAGGCAGCAGGUUUCCUCAGGACAGGAGCUGGCUGCUCCAUCGGAUGGGCAGAGGAGGGACACGAGGUCAGCUGUGUUCCGUAUUCCCGAGUUCCGGUGGUCGCUGAUGCACCAGCGGCUGCUCACAGACCUGCUCUUCUCCAUAGAAACAGACAUUCAGAUGUGGAGAAGUCAUUCUACAAAAACUGUGAUGGACUUUGUGAAUAGCAGUGACAAUGUGGUGUUUGUGCACAACACGAUCCACCUCAUCUCUCAAGUGAUGGACAACAUGAUCAUGGCCUGUGGUGGUAUCUUGCCAUUGCUUUCUGCUGCCACAUCUGCUACUCAUGAGUUGGAGAAUAUUGAGGCAACUCAAGGACUUUCAGUAGAAGCAUCUUUAACAUUUCUUCAGAGAUUAAUCAACCUUGUGGAUGUGCUAAUUUUUGCAAGCUCUCUUGGUUUCACUGAAAUUGAAUCUGAGAAGAAUAUGUCGUCUGGAGGAAUUCUGCGACAAUGUCUUCGUCUGGUAUGUGCAGUAGCAGUAAGAAAUUGCUUGGAGUGUCAGCAACAUGCACAGAUGAAGCCUAUUGGAGAUACUGGGAAGAACCAAAAAACAGUUCAAGGCUUUAUAGGAUCAGCAAAGUCUGCAGCAAAGAGUCCUGUGGACAUUGUGACCGGUGGCAUUUCUCCAAUACGGGACCAUGACAGACUUCUGCAGGAUAUGGAUAUUAAUCGUCUCCGAGCAGUAGUGUUCAGAGAUAUAGAGGAUAGUAAACAGGCUCAGUUUUUGGCUUUGGCUGUUGUAUAUUUUAUUUCUGUGCUCAUGGUUUCAAAAUACAGAGAUAUACUGGAACCCCAGAAUGAAAGACGGCCACCAAACCAAAGCCAGUCACUCAAGGAAUCAGAAAAUGAAAAUAAUGUGACUUCUGCUGCAGUUGUGGAAAACCCAUCUGCGGCUCUUGGUGCUUCAGCCUCUACUGAAGAUUCAGAAAGUACAGCAUUUAUGCAGAGAAGGGAUUCUGGUCUUGGGGAGGAAGCAGCUCCAGCACAAACAAACAGUUUGGGUGGUGCUGCUGAGGCUGGACCUCUGAGUGUCAGUGCAGGCCCAGAUGCAGUCAGUGAAGUCCUGUGCACACUCUCACUAGAAGUCAAUAAAUCUCAGGAGGGCGCAAGUGAGACAGGAGCUGAAGAGAGUAAAUCUGUGACUUCUGUGCCAGCUGCAAAAAAUGUCAACGUGAAGGACAUCUUGAGAAGCCUGGUGAGCACACCAGCUGAUGGGACUGCAGGGGAUGCUGCUCUUCUGCCACCAACCUUCCUUGGAGUCCUUGGUGACGGAGCUGCUGCUCAGCAGCCUGUGCAGUUCCAUUCCUUUGACAGGAGUGUUGUUGUACCAACGAAGAAAUCGAGCAUUUCCUCCUCUACAGCUGCUAUUGGUGCUCCUGCAAAUGCUGUCAGUGUGGUUUCUUCUUUAGAUACAGCCCAAGCCCCAGAUUUGUCAGGAGAAUCUCCUGGAAGGGGAUCAUCUAAUUCAAAAUUGCCAUCUGUUCCUGCAGUUUCUUCAGUGCCUGAGGAUUCUGCCUCCAAUAUGAGUAUUACAGACAGGCUUGAGCAUGCUUUGGAAAAAGCUGCCCCACUUCUGAGAGAGAUUUUUGUGGAUUUUGCUCCCUUUCUUUCUCGGACUCUCUUGGGCAGCCAUGGGCAGGAGUUGCUGAUAGAAGGUCUUGUGUGCAUGAAAUCUAGCAGUUCAGUUGUGGAGCUGGUGAUGCUCCUUUGCUCUCAGGAGUGGCAAAACUCUAUACAGAAGAAUGCUGGCCUGGCCUUUAUUGAGCUUGUCAACGAAGGCAGGUUGCUGAGUCAAACCAUGAAGGAGCAUCUGGUACGAGUGGCUAAUGAAGCAGAAUUUAUCCUGAGCAGACAGAGGGCAGAGGACAUUAACCGCCAUGCUGAAUUUGAGUCACUGUGUGCCCAGUACUCUGCAGACAAACGAGAAGAAGAAAAAAUGUGUCAUCAUUUGAUCACGGCAGCCAAGUACCGGGACCAGGUGACUGCAACACAGCUAAUACAGAAAAUUAUCAACAUCCUCACAGACAAGCAUGGAGCCUGGGGAAGCUCUGCACCAAGUCGUCCUCGUGAGUUCUGGCGCCUCGACUACUGGGAAGAUGACUUGCGGCGCCGGCGACGAUUUGUGCGCAACCCCCUCGGAUCGACACAUCCUGAAGCGACACUCAGGGCAGCCGGAGAGCAUGCUCCCGAUGAGGAUAUACUUGUCAAAGGAAAGCAGUCCAUCAAGAGUCAAGUUUUAGGAAACCAGAACUCUGAAAGCGAGAUUCUCUUGGAAGGUGAUGAUGAUAUCAUGUCCUUCAUGGAGGAAAGAGAAGUGGAGAACUUGACAGGUCCAGUGUCCCUCAGCACACCAGCUCAGCUUGUGGCACCCUCUGUAGUAGUGAAAGGCACCCUUUCUAUCACUCUUUCUGAGCUCUACUUUGAGGUGGAUGAAGAAGAUCCUAGUUUUAAGAAAAUCGACCCAAAGAUUCUGGCAUAUACAGAAGGACUCCAUGGAAAAUGGCUUUUCUCAGAGAUUCGAUCGAUCUUUUCCCGACGUUACCUCUUGCAAAAUACAGCACUGGAGAUAUUCAUGGCAAAUAGAGUGGGUGUCAUGUUCAACUUCCCUGACCAAGCAACAGUAAAGAAAGUGGUUAACUGUCUACCUCGGGUUGGUAUUGGUACCAUCUUUGGACUGCCCCAGACCAGACGCAUUUCUUUGGCUAGUCCACGACAGAUCUUCAAAGCUUCCAACAUGACCCAGCGGUGGCAACACCGAGAGAUUUCCAACUUUGAAUAUUUGAUGUUUCUAAACACUAUAGCAGGUCGAACUUACAAUGAUUUGAAUCAGUACCCUGUCUUCCCUUGGGUUAUCACCAACUAUGAGUCAGAGGAGUUGGACCUUACACUUCCUAGCAACUUCAGGGAUUUGUCAAAGCCUGUUGGAGCUUUGAACCCAAAGAGAGCAGCAUUCUUUGCCGAGCGAUACGAAUCGUGGGAAGACGAUCAGGUCCCAAAAUUUCACUAUGGCACUCAUUAUUCAACAGCAAGUUUUGCACUCACGUGGUUGUUAAGGAUUGAACCCUUCACAACACUUUUCCUGAAUCUACAAGGUGGAAAGUUUGAUCAUGCAGAUAGGACUUUUUCCUCUGUUUCAAGAGCGUGGCGCAACAGUCAGCGUGACACUUCUGACAUCAAGGAAUUGAUUCCUGAAUUUUAUUACCUCCCAGAGAUAUUUGUCAACAGCAACAGUUACAACCUGGGAGUGAUGGAUGAUGGAACAGUGGUGUCUGAUGUUGAACUUCCACCAUGGGCCAAAACCCCAGAAGAAUUUGUUCGCAUAAACAGGCUGGCAUUAGAAAGUGAGUUUGUUUCCUGCCAGCUUCACCAGUGGAUUGAUCUGAUUUUUGGCUACAAACAACAAGGGCCAGAGGCUGUUAGGGCCCUGAAUGUAUUCUACUAUUUGACUUAUGAAGGAGCUGUCAAUUUAAGUUCAAUAACGGAUUCUGUACUGAGAGAGGCUGUGGAAGCUCAAAUACGAAGUUUUGGACAGACCCCUUCCCAGCUGCUCAUAGAACCACAUCCUCCGAGAAGUUCUGCCAUGCAGGUGUAUCUCCUCCUGCAGAGCCCCUUGAUGUUCACAGAGCAAGCCCAACAGGACGUGAUCAUGGUCCUGAAGUUCCCGUCCAACUCCCCGGUCGCUCAUGUGGCCGCCAACACCCAGCCUGGCCUGGCCACUCCGGCCGUGAUCACGGUCACUGCAAACAGGCUCUUUGCUGUGAACAAGUGGCACAGCCUCCCUGGUGCUGUACAAGACCAGCCUUACCAGCUGCCAGUGGAAAUCGAUCCUCUCAUAGCCAGCAAUACAGGUAUGCACAGGAGGCAAAUCACUGACCUUCUAGACCAAAGCAUUCAGGUACAUUCCCAAUGUUUUGUCAUCACUUCUGACAAUCGUUACAUCUUGGUCUGUGGCUUCUGGGACAAGAGUUUCCGUGUUUACUCUACUGACUCAGGUAAACUGAUGCAAGUAGUGUUUGGCCACUGGGAUGUUGUGACCUGUCUGACUCGUUCCGAGUCCUACAUUGGAGGGAAUUGUUACAUCCUCUCAGGAUCACGGGAUGCAACCUUGCUGCUCUGGUACUGGAAUGGCAAAACCAACAUCAUCGGUGAUAACCCAAGAGCCAGUGAUUUUGCAACUCCUCGAGCUGUUCUGACAGGACAUGACUAUGAGAUCACCUGUGCUGCCAUUUGUGCUGAGCUUGGCCUGGUAAUAAGUGGUUCAAAAGAAGGACCAUGUCUCAUACAUUCUAUGAAUGGAGAUCUACUGAGGACGUUGGAAGGUCCUGAAAGAUUACAAGGUCCUGAAAGCUGCCUGAGACCAAAACUUAUUCAAGCUUCCAGAGAAGGCCACUGUGUCAUAUAUUAUGAAAAUGGCCUCUUCUGUGUGUUCAGUGUGAAUGGAAGACUGCAGGCCACUAUGGAAACAGAUGAUAAGAUAAGGGCCAUUCAGCUGAGUCGGGAUGGACAGUAUCUGCUCACAGGUGGAGACAAUGGGGUCGUCAUGGUGUGGCAGGUGUGGGACCUCAAACGGCUCUUUGCUUACCCAGGGUGCGAUGCUGGAAUCCGAUCCAUGGCCCUGUCCUAUGACCAAAGGUGUAUAAUGACUGGAAUGGCAUCCGGGAGCAUCGUGGUUUUUUACAAUGAUUUCAAUCGCUGGCACCACGAGUACCAGACCAGGUACUGA